GUUUACAAAGUCUCUCUGUUGCACUGGAGAUGCUGGGGAAAUUUGGUAUUACCAGUGGUUCAUCCCUGAUGUAUAGUUACACAGCAGAGCUUUACCCGACAGGGCUCAGGAACACUGCGACUGGAACAUGUACCACUCUUGCCAGAGUGGGCAGCUGCAUUGCACCUUUUUAUUACAGCUGAGCUUGGACUUUAAGAACCUUCCAUACAUCAUUUUGGGGACUCUGUGUGUUGUGUCGGCCUUUGCUACUCUCUUCCUGCCAGAGAGCUUUAGACGACCUCUUCCUGAAACUAUUCAACAGAUGCAUAAGAGAGGAAGCUUGAAGUGGCCAAUCAUCUCUCGGAAACAACAUUCAAAACCUGGGCUGCCUUUUGAAACAAAACUUUGACCGUCUAAAAUAUUUCAUGCCAUCAUUGACGAGUUUUUAGUCAUUAAAAAAGGUAAUAUGAUUUUUUUUUUUUAAAUGUACAAAAAUUGUCCUCUUUGAGAAAUGACUUUUACAAGAAAUAAAGGUUGACAUAUUUCUUCAA